AACGCUUCUCGCCAGUCACUGCCGCAGCGCCGAAUAUCCGGAUACACGUCGCGAUGGUGGUGCUUGUGGCGAUCGAGACCGUUGCGGCCAGCGUCGGCAACCUCGUGCACGUCCAAGGCCAGCUCUUGCGCAAGCGGCGCUUCUCGAAGGCGCUCAUCUUUGGCGACAUCAAGUUGCCCGAUGGAUCGCUACUCGAGCUCAUGAUCCGCGCCGCCGACGCGUGGCUCACAAAGGACGACAUUGUGCAGCUCAACUGGGCGCUGCACUUGGGCGACACGGUCACACUUGACGGCCGCAUCGAGACGACGGCGAAAGGGCAUCUCUUGCUCGUCGUGCGCUCGGCCGUCGUUGAUUUGCGCUGGGAAGACCAGAAUCCAGGCGUCCCGUUUGGGCACGGCGCGACCGACCUCAUUGCGCCGUCCGACAGCUUUGGGCAGCGAAAGGAGUACACCAACAUCGUGCAGAUCCAAGGCCACAAUGCGUGCAAGUACUACUUCAACAACGCGUCGUGCGUGCGCGGCGCCGACUGCCACUUCUGGCACGGACCGCCCGAGGACUACAAGGCGCUGCGGGCCGAGUGGUUUGCGCGCCGUGGCACGCAGAAGCGCGAGCAGGCGGCGCUCGACGGCGACGCCCACGACCCGCACGAGAAGGGCAUGAAGGCGCAGCGGGCGCGCAUCUUCUGCGACUGGCUCGUUGCGACGUAUGGGGUCGACGUGCUGAGCGCUGGCGCGGGCGUCGUCGACGUCGCUGGCGGCAAAGGCGAUAUCCCCUUUGAGCUCUUCAACAAGCGCGGAAUCCCCACAACGCUCAUCGAGCCACGGCCGCGCCAUCCGCGCAAGGUCCAUUUCAAGCACUUUGCCAAGACACAGACGACGCCGAGUCGCCACAUCCAAGCGUGCUUGGACCCGGCGCUGCUCACCGCCGAGGCCGCCUUCUUCACCGAGACCUCAGUGUUUGUGGGCAUGCACCCGGACGAGGCGACCGAGCCGAUCGUCGACUGCGCACUUGCAGCCAACAAGCCGUUCGCUGUCGUGCCCUGCUGCGUCAUGAGCCGCAAGUUCCCGGACCGGCGCCACAACGGCGACGUCGUGGGUACCUACGACGCGUUCAUUGCGUACCUCCGCGCCAAGGACGCGCGCAUCCAGAGUGCGUUCUUGCCGUUUGCGGGCAAAAACCAAGUGCUGUUUGUAUUGCCAUAGACAAAGCUAGAAUUCAAAACGC